AGCAACUGUUGCCGGUGUACAUGUAGGUAAGCGUCACGGUUACUAUGAGCAGGAGAAGUUGGUUGGUCUUCAAGGCUGCGGUGGUGAUCACGGCUGUCUUCCUGGUCGUCAUAGAGAAUGAACUGAUUCACCGGCCGCGGCCUCCCAGUAACCGCAGCGGUGGCAGCGUCCAGGCGGAACAAGGCCACCCCAGCGGCGUCCGCCGCGUCCAGGCCGAUAACAGCGUCCGAGAACACCCCGAUAACAACAGUGUCGCUUUAAUGGAGACAACGAAACAUACAAAGCUGUGCGUUCUGAAUACCGACGUGGUGUUCAUCUACACCCCGGCGUGCGGGUCUGACGUCCUGCAGAACUCCCUGUUCCGGUUCGGCUACCGUAACCACCUGUUCGUCACCCUGCCGCGCAAACCGGGCAGCCCGUUCAUCGGGCAGGGCCUCGCGUCCGGCGACAUCCGCGGGGAGGACCUCCUCCAGCCGCCGGCCUUGGUCUCACGACAGUCGGCGGUAAACAUUCUCGCCCACCAGGUGCGCUACAACCGCGAUGCCCUGAGCAAAAUUGUCACAGGAAACGCUAAGUACAUCACCAUCUUGAGGAACCCCUUGGACCGGUUUGAGACGGACUUUGUGUCCUCCCAGUUGGAGAAGCAGUUUGAUGUUGCGCCCAGGGCAGGACAGGCCCAGUCUGCUCUGAAGAGGUACCUGGGCGCACCGGAGUUCUGGGAAAAGAGAAAAAUGCACGCGAACCCCCGCUGCACCAGUAACUGCAUGUCCCAAGCCUUGGGUAUACCCGUCCGCACGGGCAUGAAAAUGUCCCCAUGGUCGGGAGACAAAACGGUGAUGGACUACAUCGAUCAGUUAGAGUCAGAGUUCGCUCUGGUUCUGAUCUACGAGGAGUUGAACCCGUCUCUGGUGCUGCUGAAGAGGUACAUGUGUUGGAGCUUCAAGGACAUACUGUAUGACGCAGGUCUCAUGGAACCAGCGGCCACUCAGAGAGGUAAAAUAGAGGAGGAACAAAAAAUCCUGUUCAGACGGGUGAACGGGGCUGACUAUCUGCUGUAUUAUCACUUCUACGACGUCUUCUCGGCCAGGGUUGCCGCGGAGGGUGAGGACUUCCAGCGCGAGGUCAAGCAAUUCAAGCACGUUUUAGACAAGGUGUCGCGGUAUUGCAGUUCUGCGAUACGCGACUGGAAGGUGGCUAACCAGACGGUGGUGUGGAGUAGCCAAUGGGAUGACGAGUUUGUUGUGACCAGACAGAUGUGCGGGGAACUGAGGAUGAAGGCAGGUGAAUGGGACAAACUGUUCAGAGCGCGUAUGGAGAACAGAGACGUCCGUGCGGCGGUGUUCGUGGUUCUCCUGCUGCCCGUCAUGACGGUGGUGGCACUGUACCUGGUCCUCUCGCGGGAGGAGACGGUACUGCAGACCACGGCGGCGCACCGCGGUCUCACCGAACAUGUCUUCCCGCUGGCUCUCACCAAGUCGGAAGAAGAAGAAGGUCUGUGCAUCCUGAAUACGGACGUGGUGUUCAUCUACACCCCUGCAUGCGGGUCCGAAGUGGUACAAUCCGUUCUAUUCCGGUUUGGGUAUCAGAAGGACCUGUUCGUCACCCUGCCGGUCAUUCCGGGCAGCCCGUCCAUAGGAUCCGGAGAAAUCCGUCGGGAAGACUUCCUUCAACCUUCCGUCAACUUUUCCCGCCCUAACCAGGUCAACAUCCUCGCACAUCGAGCACGAUACAACAAGGACGCCAUGCGCGCCAUGUUCCCAGAGACUACUCAGUACAUCACAAUCAUAAGACAUCCCCUUCAGAGGUUUGAGACAGACUUCUUUGAGUCGAAGAUGUACAGAUACCUUAGACAAGGGUCAAGUUCACGUGCAACGUCCCUAAAGGACUACCUAGACGAUCCAAACUACUGGGAAUCACAAAAGACCACGUCCCACUGCACCAGGAACUGUAUGUCUGCAGUUCUGGGUUUCCCGCUGGAUGGCGCCAUGAACAUGAAGGACACUCAGGCAGCAAUGGACGUCAUCAAACAGCUGGACUCAGACUUCGCCUUGGUUCUCAUCUACGAGUACUUAGACCAGUCCUUGGUGCUGCUGAAGAGGUACAUGUGUUGGAAGGUCCAGGAUAUUAUAUAUGAUAUGAGACAUUUAUUUUUCAGUAAGAUCCGUAACGUAGACUUCCGCCCCAGACCUGACAGUCUUGCUGUAAACUUCAGACGAUUCAACAUGGUCGAUUACUUCCUAUACGAACAUUUCAACAGAACGCUGUGGGCGAAGAUUGCCGAAGAGGGUCCGGAGUUUGACGAGGAGGUCGAGUGUUAUCGGAACAUCUUACGAAAGGUGUCGCAGUAUUGCCACAGCACCGUGACGAACAAGACGGCCAUCUUCCGUAAGCACAAGUGGCACGAGAAGUUCAAGGUGAGCAGGGACACAUGUAGUAUGCUGGUCAGGAGGACGGAGGAGUGGGACGGCUUUCUCAGGAGACGGUACUAUGUAUAA